AUGUACGGAUGGGGGGCGUUGUUAUUUAAGGAUUCAGGGGAGGUUUUGGCCGCAGGGGGCGCUUGGAGGCGCUCACCUGAGAUGAUUUCCCAGGCAGAGGCACGGGCCGUUCAUCUGGCUUUACGAGAGUUUAACAUGCAUUUGGCAGGUCCCUUGGAUAUACGCGUUGACAACACAACGGUUAUGAAUAUUAUGCAAAAAAAGAACACACAUUCAGAGGUAUUAGUUGCGGAAGUCGGCGCCAUAGAAAAAGUUCUUCGAUCACACGGCAUAAGUGCUACUUGGAGUUACGUAUCUUCAGAGCAUAAUCCAGCACACAGAAUAUCUAGAGGAGAACACAUCAAACAAUUAGAUGUAGCGAAGGGGUGGAACUUGCGAUGGGGAGAGCGGGAGGCGGGUUAA